AUCGUCAGUGAGUCUGAUCUGAGAUCAGCGCGAGACUCCGUCAGUCUGACGCUGUAAAUAAACGCUGAGGCUCCGGAACUCGCACGAUAUUUCAUGAAAUCUAAAGGAUGGAAAUAAGGCUUCCGAUUUUCACACGCAAUCAUGUAUUAUUGUGUGUCUCUGCGGUGUUUGUUUUCGCUGGCGUGUCGGCGAUAGACGUGUACACUCCAGCCGAGCUGUUUGCUGAGAACGGGACCACAGCCACUCUGUCCUGCAGUUUCAAGUCUAGAGAGGUGAUCAGUAGUUCUGCGUCAGUGACGUGGUCUUUCCUUCCGGAGGGAGAAACAGGAGCAUUCACUUCAUUCUUCUAUUACUCCGGUGGGAAGCCGUUUCCGGGCUCGCUGCCGCAGUUUAAGUCUCGUGUGGAAUGGGCCGGAGACAUGAACAAGAAGGAUGUGUCGAUCCGUGUGCUCCAGAUGCAGUUCAAGGACAACGGGACGUUCAGCUGCGACGUGAAGAAUCCUCCAGACAUCUCCGGACAGAUGUCCUUCAUUAAAGUCAGGGUGGUCAUGAAAGAGGCUCUUCCUCAGACCAGCGCGGCGGUGAUCGUGGGCGGCGUGAUCGGAGCCGUGAUCGGCAUCAUCAUCAUCGCUGUGGUCACCUACCUGAUCAUCAGACGGCAGGAGCCCAGUCACGACUACGAAGGCUGCACCUCGUUAGAGAGUGUGAGCUCACAGAACACUAGGGUGGGGAAGAAAGCGGAGUCUAGCAACGACAACUCGCGCUGCUCCAGCCCCUCCGCCCCUGUACAGGGGCCGGUGAUUUACGCCCAGCUCGAUCACUCCGGCAGCAAGACCUCCUUCCACAAGAUAGAGCCGGUGGUGUACGCAGACAUCCGCAAGAACUAGAGCGCCGUGGCAUGUGCAUCUCUUCUUCACGUCAUUCAGAGGUCCUGUGAGACUGGCGUGACCGGUCAGACGGGUGGGUUAGUGGGUUAGUACUGGACUGACGACGGCACGUGACCACAGACUCUUUCUUCUGCUUCUGUGUGUGUUUCUAUGUCAAUGUGAGUUUCUAGAGUAAAAUAACGCAGCUGUAGAUGACGGAUCUCACACGCCGCAUGUCUCACCACUCAAACUACAUAGACGUUGCAUAGAGAAAAUGUUUUUUUUAUGACAUUAUUGUCAUGAUAUGAUCACCCCCAAUCGCACAAAUUCUCAUGACUGGAGUACAGUACUCUUUUACUGUAGUACAUUCAAAAAUAGUUUUUUUAAUGCAUUUAAAUCAACAUUAUUACUAUCUUGAUGCAUGAAUACUUUGACAUUUAAAUAAUAUAUUUUGAUUUUGCAUAAUGAUCGUGAGAGUUUAUGUGCCAAUUUUUGCUUUGUCAUUAUUUUCAGUUAUUAUUUUCUUAAAAUUAUUCUUAAGUUAAUGAUCAAGUUCCCUAUUUUAUUUUCUUGUGCACAUCCACGUCACAUUUCACCAAAAAAUCUAUCAAACAAAGAAAUUAUAGUUUGCAUAGAGAAAAUGAAGCCUUUCUAAAGGACCAUGAGUUGAUUUUUUUAUGACAAUAUUUUUUGACAAUUAUGAUUAGGGUUGCAAAAAGAAGGAAAUUU